AUGUGCGCCGGCGCGCUGCGCGAGGCCUUCGCCCGGUCGGCGCUCGAAGACUCCUGGAGCUGGUUCUUCUGCGAGAACCGACGCGCGGCGCCGAAGCUCUACUUUUGGGCCUACGCGUACUACCUCAGCAAGUACUACGAGCUCCUCGACACGUUCCUGCCCGUUUUGGUGCACGGCCGCGUGCCGCGCCACUUCGGCAUGCACGUCUUCCACCACGCCUGCGUGCUCUUCAUGAGCUGGGGGUACCUCGAGUUCCGGCAGACGCUCGCGUUCGGCGGAUUGAUCGCGAACACCGCCGUCCACGUGCUCAUGUACGUCUACUACGCGCGCGCGGCGCUCAAGCUCGAGACGUCGUGGAAGGCCUGGGUGACGCGCGUGCAGAUCAUCCAGUUCGUGUCCUCCUUCUUGCUCUGCGUCGUCUUCGCGUCGGGCGUCCACGGCGAGCCCACAUCAGCCGUCGCUUGGACCGCGCCGCUGGAGUGGACGGCACCGCUGCGCCGCGCGCUCGGCGGCUGCCUCGCCGGCGCGUGCCUCGUCGCGCCGACCCUCGCACGUGCGGAGCGGCCGCUGCCCGUCGUCGAGGAGGUCGUCAACGCCUUGAGCAGCCGCGGCCUCGACGUCGGCGGCUUCGACGAGCUCCGCGCCGCGGACGCGGUCGCGCGCGCGCUCGACGGCUACGGCGGCGUCGUCCGCUUCGAGACCUCGCAGCUCGCGCGCGCGCUCGGCGAGGCGGCGCCCCUCGGCGUCGCCCUCGUCAAGGACUCGGCCGUGCGCGGCGCGCUGACCGUGACGGCCGUCGAGCCGGCGUCCAAGGCGUUCGCCGCGGGCGUCCGCGUCGGCGACGCCGUCGUCGCCGUCGACGGCCGCAAAGUCGACGACGGCGCGAGUGCGGCGGCGGCGGCGAAGACCUUACGGUCGGCCCGGGCCUGGACCGUGGAGCGGCCCGGCGCGAAACGCUUCGCCGUCGACGUGCGCGGCGCGACGCCCGCGCCGGCGCCGCUCGCGGCCGCGGCGGCCUACGACGGCGUCGUCUACGUCAAGAUCAGCUCCUUCGGCGACGGCGUCGCCGGGGACGUGGCGCGCGCCGUGGCGGGCGUCGCGACGACCGCCGACGCCUACGUCGUCGACGUCCGCGCGAACCCGGGCGGUUUUUUGGACGCGGCCGUCGACGUCGCGAGCCUCUUCCUGCCGCCGGGGACGCCCAUCGCGACGCUCACGAACGCGCCGCCCUUCGUCGUCACGCGGACGCCCGACGCCACGAUCCCCGCCGCGCGGCGCGUCGCCGUCCUCGUCGACGGCGAGACGCGGUCCGCGGCGGAGAUCUUCGCCGCCGCGAUCCAGAGCUCGAACCGCGGCGCCGUCGUCGGCGAACGGACCUUCGGCAAGGGCACGGCGCAGUCGCUGUUCCCCCUGCGGUCCGCGCCGGGCGCCGCGCUCCGGCUCACGACCGCGCGCGUCGCCGUGCAGGGCCGCGCGCUCGACGGCGCGGGCGUCGCGCCGGACGUCGUCGCGGAGAAAUCGUCCGGCGGCCUCGACGCGCUCCUCGUCGCCAAGGGCGCCUACUUCGACUUUGCGUCGGAGUUUGCGCGGUCGCACCCCGGCCUCGCCGACGACCGGGUCGAGGCCGCGCUCGCGGCCGACCUCCGGCCGGCCUGGCGCGCGUUUCUGGCGCGGGGCGUCGACGUCGACGUGGGCCUCGGAGACUACCCGCCGGAGGUCCGCGGCGCCGCGGCGGCGGCGGCGCGCGCGGCGCUCGCGGAGGCGCUGUCCGCCCGAGCCGCGGGCGACGCCGCGUGCCUCCGCAACGCGGCCGACGCGGUCCGCGCGAGGCACGCGCCCGCGGCGCGCCGCGCCGACGACGACGCCGCCCUCGCCGCGGCGCUCGCGGCCGUCCGCGGCGACGGGGCGCCGUUCCGGGGCCGCGGCCGCGCGCCGCCGCCGCGACCGCCGCCGCCGCCGCCGGUCCUCGGCUUCGACGGCGACGCGGACUGCCUGCCGCUGCAGACGUGCGACCGGCGCCAAAUUUCUCACGAGACGAUGGCUUUGCGCCGCGCGCUCGCGUGCCUGGCAAUCCUAAGGCGCGCGCACGCGGAAACGCGCUUCGCCGUGUGCCUCACGGGCCAGCUGCGCACGGGCACCUACCCCGAGAUGCAGGAGAACCUGCGCCUCGCCGUCACGGAGCCCCUGGAAGACGCCGACGUCUUCGCCGUCGUCGCGCGCGAGCACAUGCUCAAGCACAUCGACUACCACAUCCCGCGCAACGGCUGCUACUUCGACCGGCGCAAGUGCGCGCGGCGCGACGGGAGCGAGGGCGACGGCUGGAGGAACCUCACGGGCCCGCACGACCUCGACCCCGACUGGGGCAAGCGGAGGCGCGCCGCGCGGCCGCCGGCGACGGACGCGGAGCUGGAGGGCCUGCGGACGGGCCCGCUGAAGCCGCGGCGCGUGACGGUGCUGGACGACGACGCGGCCGUCGCCGCGGCGACGGCCAAGCACGGCGCCGCGCGCGCGGACCUCUUCCAGCGGAGCCUGCGCGCGAGGAACCGCGUGUGCCUCGACCACAUCGAGGAGGCCGAGGCCGAACGGGGCGCGAAGUACGACUUCGUCAUACGCAUCCGGCCGGACUACGCGUUCUUCGCCUGCCGCCUCCCGCCGGCCGCGUACUGGCCCCGCGGCGAGAACGCGUCCCAGUGGUUCAGCAGCCACAUGGACCUCUGGGAGGCCAUGGGCCGCGACGCCGCCGAGUCGAACCUGGGCAUGUGGGGCCGGCCCGUGCCCGACGCCUGCCACCGCAUGCCGCGCGUCGAGUCGUGCCCGCACUACGUCAUGUGCGGCCGCGGCGGCCGCGGCCACGCGGCCGAGGCCAUCGGCGGCCGCCAGGACGGCCUCGGCCCCGUGAAGCCCGGCGAGUUCCUGCGGCCCUGCUGCGACGCCCGCGACAUCCCGCGCCAGGUGCUGGACCCGCCGCCGGAGACGUGGUGCGCAUUGGAACGGGCGCCGUACCUGCACGACUGGUGGUACUCCUACCAGGCCAGGCCGAACCGCCACAACAGGGCGCGGAAGGGCCUCGCGCCGGAGGCCGCCAACGCGGCGCUGGGGCCCCACUGCGCGAAGAUCCCCCUGGACUACGGGCGGCCCGACGACGACGACGACGACGACGACGACGACCGGGCCGCGGCCGGCGACGACGCGUGGCUCGCCGAGUUCCGCGGCCGGCCCCUCGUCGACGGCGACCCGCGCCUCGCCGGGGCCUACGUGCACCACUGGGACCCGGCCUACGACGCCGGGGCCGGCGGUUUUGUCGCGGACUUUGAGCGGCGCAAAGACGCCGCGCGCGCGGCCUACAAGGCCAAGAAGCGGGCGGCCAACGGCGACGACGACGACGACGACGACGCGACCCUGGGCGCGGGCGACGUCGCGCGCCAGGCCGUCCUCGAGGAGGCCGCCGCUCGGGCCGGCGACGCGGCCCGCGCCGCCCGCCGCCGGAACGCGCGGGACGACGACGACGACGACGACGACCGGUCCGAGCUCCGUUAG